UUCCUUCCUAGUAAUUGGCAACUGGGGACACUCAUGUUCCAGUAACCAAGAGGCAUCCCUGCCGCCACUUCAUGAUCCAGGGGCGUGUGGCCCUGUGAAGUUCCCGAGGUGUACAGCAUGACCUUGCUGCUCCUGGGUGCGGUGCUGCUGGUGGCCCAGCCCCAGCUAGUGCCUUCCCAUCCAGCUGUUCCUGGCCCGGGUCCCAGGCAGCAAGAGCUUCUGCGGAAGGUGGGUACUCUCCUGGAGGACACUCAAGAAGGUGCAGCAGCCAAUGGUUCCACACAGCAGCUACCACAGACCAUUAUCAUUGGGGUGCGCAAGGGUGGCACCCGAGCAUUGCUGGAGAUGCUUAGCCUGCACCCAGACGUGGCGGCAGCUGAGAACGAGGUCCAUUUCUUUGACUGGGAGGAGCAUUACAGCCAAGGCCUGGGCUGGUACCUCACCCAGAUGCCUUUCUCCUCUCCGAACCAGCUCACCGUGGAGAAGACGCCGGCCUACUUCACUUCGCCCAAAGUGCCUGAGAGAAUCCACAGCAUGAACCCUGCCAUCCGCCUGCUGCUCAUCCUGAGGGACCCUUCAGAGCGAGUGCUGUCUGACUACACCCAGGUGUUGUACAACCACCUUCAGAAGCGCAAGCCCUACCCACCCAUCGAGGACCUCCUGGUGAGGGACGGCAGGCUCAACAUGGACUACAAGGCUCUCAACCGCAGCCUGUACCACGCACACAUGCUGAACUGGCUGCGUUUCUUCCCACUGGGCCACAUCCACAUUGUGGAUGGCGACCGCCUCAUCAGAGACCCUUUCCCUGAGAUCCAGAAGGUCGAAAGGUUCCUGAAGCUGUCACCGCAGAUCAACGCCUCGAACUUCUACUUUAACAAAACCAAGGGCUUCUACUGCCUACGGGACAGCGGCAAGGACCGCUGCUUACAUGAGUCCAAAGGCCGGGCGCACCCCCAAGUGGAUCCCAAACUACUGGAUAAACUACAUGAAUAUUUUCAUGAGCCAAAUAAGAAAUUCUUCGAGCUCGUGGGCAGAACAUUCGACUGGCACUGAUUUGCCUUCAGUUAGGCUCGGAACUUUUCCUGUUGUAACUUCUGGUGUACAUCUGAGGGUGGGGGGGAAAGAAAUUUUAAAAAGGCAUUUAAGCUAUAAUUUAUUUGUAAAACCCACAAAUGACUUCUGUACAGUAUUAGAUUCACAGUUGCCAUAUAUAGUAGUUAUAUUUUUCUACUUGUUAAACGGAGGGCGUUUUGUAUUGUUUUUCAUGGUUGUUAACAUUGUGUAUAUGUCUCUAUAAUAUGAAGGAACUUAACUAUUGCACUGAAAAAAAAAAAAAACGAUUUUUCUG